AUGGAGACCGCCAAGCAAGCCGUUAACUAUGUCGCUGAAUCCAUCCAGGGCCUCGGGGCUGAGGCUUCCAAGGAGGCCAACAAGAACGUCGCUAAGAGCAGCGAUGCCAACGUCUCCACCCGUGCCAGCGCCGCGAAGGACGCACUUGUCGACAAGAAGGAUGAGCUUUCCCACAACACCAAGGCCGAUGUCCACAAGGAGGCUGCCAAGAACUAA